AUGGCGCCCUCAAAUAGCGGUCAGCCCAUGUACGGCAAGGACGAGAAAGUCCUCUGCUUUCACGGAGAGCUCCUGUACGAGGCCAAAGUCCUCGACAGCAAGAUCAAAGAUCCGAACGACAAGAAGGACGGCUACGUCUACCGCGUGCACUACAAGGGCUGGAAGAACACAUGGGACGAUUGGGUGCCUCAAGAGCGCGUUCGCAAGCUGAACGAUGAGAACAAGGAGCUGGCGACGAACCUCCGAAAGGACAUGGAGGCCCAGCGCAGAGCAAAUACCGGCAAGCCUUCCUCUACCUCAACAAGAAAGCGGCCAAACGGCUCGGUCCUGACGGCUUCUUCAGCUCGCGGCAGCGAGGAUCGCAGUUCUGCUGUACCGCCACCUCCGCCUCGCGGCACUAAGCGAGGGCGUGACAUUGAGGGCAUCGACAAGGAAGAAGAGUUCAUGCGUCGACCCGCCGUCCGACUCUUCAUCCCCGACACCCUCAAAUCCAUCCUCGUCGACGACUGGGAGAAGGUCACCAAGGACCAAAAACUCGUUCCCAUGCCCGCACCCGUGUCCGUCAGCACAUUCCUCAACGACUACUACGAAUCGGAGAGCAUCCAUCGGAGACCGAAUUCGGCCGAUGCUGAGAUUCUCGAAGAGGUCAUCGCCGGUAUCAAAGAGUAUUUCAACAAGUCUCUUGGUCGCAUCCUUCUCUACCGAUUUGAGCGUCCACAAUAUUUCGCCAUUCACAAGGAGGUCGAAGCAGGCUCUGGUGAACACGCCGGGAAGACGCUUUGCGAUGUGUACGGGUGCGAGCAUUUGCUCAGACUAUUCGUCUCGAUGCCGGAUCUCAUUGCCCACACCAACAUGGACUCACAAGCCGUCGCUCGUCUCCGUGAGGAGCUGGCCAAGAUGACGCAGUGGUUGGCGAAGCGCGUGGACAAGUAUUUGGCGGCUGAGUACGAGCAUGCCGGUCAGGACUAUCAAGACAUGGCGAAGUCAAAC